AGGAAGUCCACUGAGCAGUGAAGUGCAUGGUCAAAGGAAGCUCUUGUUUACAGGUGGAGAUGUUCCGGCGCGUGCUGGGGUCGACUUUGGGUUUCGUGGGCUACACGGUCCAGUAUGGCUGUAUUGCACAUUGUGCCUUUGAAUACUUUGGAGAAUUUGUGGUGUGCUCUGGUCCAUCAAUGGAGCCGACUAUUGUCAGCCAUGAUAUCGUCUUCUCAGAGAGGAUGAGUCGUCAUCUUUGCAAAAUAGAAAAGGGGGAUGUAGUGAUUGCAAAGAGUCCAUUUGACCCAAAUAUGAACAUUUGUAAAAGGGUAAUUGGGCUGGAGGGAGAUAAAGUCUGCUCAAGUUCCCCAACAGACAUGUUCAAGACCCACACAUUUGUUCCAAAAGGCCACGUAUGGCUCGAAGGGGAUAACCUUAGGAAUUCCUCUGACUCACGCAGCUAUGGCCCAAUUCCCUAUGCCCUCAUCCGAGGGCGUGUUUGCUUAAAGCUCUGGCCGCCGCAUAGUUUUGGGACCCUCAGUGAAAGCCCAACCAAACGCAUCAUUAAAACUCACAGUGACUCAGAUUGACUCAUUCAAUUUGUUUAUACUGUAUGAUACUUUGCUUUCAAUCUUUUUCAAUAAAGCUUGAUAUUUAUUUAAAAUUUGA